AUGUGUAAACACAUCCUGAACGCUCAAGUGGCCAUCCGCUCUCCCUGCUGCAAAAAAUGGUUCGACUGCGCCGAAUGCCACCAAGAACAAGAAUCGCACUCACUCACCAAAACCACUGAAAUGGUCUUCGCCUGCAAGAAAUGCAAAAAAUGUUUCCGAAAGGACGCCACGGAGUUUGAUGAGAGUGACGAGUACUGCCCGCACUGCGAUAACCAUUUCGUGAUUGACGCUGUGACGCCGACUCCCACGUUGCAGGUCGAGGGUGAGGAUGCGAGAAUUGAUGCUAGAAUGCUCAAAGACGACCGUGUUCGCGGACACCAGGAACGCUCCAUCUUCAACUUCAAGGAUAUUUCCGAUCGCUUGGGUUAG